CAAUGACGGUACGAGACGUCAUCAACACUCGCCCGAGCGCCUUCCUCCAACGCGGGGACGGAAGAAAACAAACCGAUCGCGAACUGGGAGGAAAGAACAAGGUGUUCAAGAGGAACUGGUUUCAAACGUGGGAACCGACUCCUUGUGUUGUGUCUGCGGUUUGACGGAGCAGAACAUCUGGGGGGGAGACAAAGCUCGUAAAAAAAGAAACAGCUGGAUAGUUAAGCUAACAUUUACUGUGAAACCAGAAGCUAACAGCAGCAGGAUCAAUUGGCGCCUUUCGGAUGAGGAGGAUAUAAAAGUCACAGCGAUCAACAACAUGGACGUUAGCACGUGUGACCAGCCCGGUACCGAGAUACACGACUCUCCAGGGAAUGACAGCCCCAGCUCUGAUGACUUUGAACCACUUUCAAAACUGCUGAAAAGGGGAAACACUUCUGAUCACUCCGACGACAAUGAGCAGCUCAUCAAGAAGAAAAAACCUGUGAAAAAAGAAAACACAUCCAGAUCUAACAGCACAAACAAGAAUUCUGAUUUGAACACAAACGACAGCUCUGACAAUGAGCCUCUCAUAAAGAUCGCCAAAACUGCAAAGAAGCCUUUCUCAGCGCCUCCAAAAAAAUCUGUUGACACAAAGAAAAAAGCUUCUGAUCACUCCUCAGAUGACGAGCCGCUGAUAAAGAUGAAAACAAAGAAACCUGGGAAAAAGGAAAACACUUCGUCCAGAUCUAAUGGCACAAAAAAGAAUGCAGCGUCUGAUCACUCCUCCGAUGACGAGCAGCUGAUUAAGAUGAAAACAAAGUUUGCAUCUGCUAAGAAACCCGGGAAAAAAGAAAACACAUCAUCCAAUGACCCAAACAGCAACAAUACAGACAGCUCUGACAAUGAGCCUUUGAUCAAAAUCGCCAAAGUGUCUUCCAAAGCUGCAAAGGAGCCUCCAAAGAAAUCUGUUGAUACAAAGAAAAAAGAAGCACCAGCUGACGAUGACGAUAGUUUGGAUGAUGAACCUCUGAGUGAAACUGCCAAGAAACUUAGAUCCAGACAUCAGCCAAAAAGAUCAUCUAGAAAAGAAAGCCCGGUAAUGAAAUCCCAAAGGACGGCAGCGAGGAAAAAGGUUAAAUAUGCAGAGUCAUCCAGCGACAGCUCAGAUGAUGAACAACUGACAACAAUAAAAAACAAGAGGACAGCGGCUGCAUCGGCAAACGACAAGAAAACAAAAUCAAAACAGACAGACAAAUCACUAAAAGACUCUUCAUUCUCAGACAGCAGCUCGGACGAUGAUGACGAGCCCUUGGCGAACCUUAAAGCCAAUAAGAAGAAACCAGUGAAGAAAAACACAAAGAAGACAACUGCACCGCGAGGUGGCGCCUCAAAAAAGAGACGAGGACUGACGAAUGAAAGCUCAGACGACGAGCCCUUGAUAAGCCUUGUGAAGAAGAACCACACAGACGAAGAAAGGAAAACCAAAACAAAUUCUUCGACGGCAAAAAAGAGGAACACAGCCCCCCCAAGAAAGCCAAGAAAGCACGUGUCAGGGUCAUCAAGUGACGGUUCUGACGACGACCCCUUAAUCACAGCAGCUAAACACCCUCAGGUGACCAAACUCCUGAAAAUAAUACUGGACAGGUGUGACGAUGACGAGGCCAGACCAACGGGAAGCUCGGACCAGACCAGAACAGCAGAAACAGUGGUCGCUGAAGGGAAUCCAACCAAGGAAGAAUCAGAGGGUUCAAAGGAAUCAUCAGGAGAAGAAUAAGAAGAAGAAUCAUCGUGUUACUUUGUCAAAGAAAGGCUCAUUGUCACCUUUCAGUUUCUGGACUGGGACGUUCCAACCACUUAGUUUUAAGGAAUUUACCAAAAGGUUCUUAUUCCCGAGAUUAAUCCCCUAAACAUCACAGUUAAUGUUUAUACAGUAUGAAGUUAGUGUUUAUACAGUAUGGAGUUUAAGUAUGUUUUAUAUAUGAAUAUAUACAUGUUUAUUUAAGUAAUUUUACUCCGGUUUUUAGGUUUGGGACCAGGUUCCUGAAAGAUGAAAUGCACAGUCUUUAAUGGUGUUUUACUAUUUGUGCCUUUUUAUUUGCAUUGGCUGUUUCCUCUGGUUUUAACACUUGUUGAUGUUAGGUAUAUUUUUGCUUUCAUAUUAUCUGUACCCUCAGCAUGAGGCAGUGAAAAUCUAUUAUGAUGGAUUAAACUGCUCAGAUGAA